AAUGAAUCGUAGCUCUUCACUAGAUAAAGCUUCUGCGUUGUUUGAAAUUUACCAAUUUUAAAAAUAUAACAAAGGUCAAAUAUAAUUCGAGAUAAUAUAAAAAUCCGUUGACGUUUCAUAAAUAUUUUUCUGAUGUUUUCCUGACGGUAGUCUCCAUCGAACAGGAUUUUAGAAAGGGUAUGGCAAUGCUACUAAGGACUAGAAAUAAAAUCAGUUUAGGUUUCAAAGUGUUUUGUGUUCUUUUCGUAACUAUCGUUUAUUUAUUUAUCGGUAAUUUAUCGCGUCAACAAGUCAAUUAUGUCGGAAAAUCGGAGAAACUACCAGGUCGACAACUUCUAAGUAUCAAUGACAACGAUUCUAUAGUUAAGAAUUGUACUCCGGCAGCCAUUGGGGAAUUUCCUCCGGACGGUUUCACAAGACAUCAACGUCAAAAUGGCGCCGUUAUCUUACACGCUUUGCUAUGUUGUUAUUUGUUUAUUUUACUGGCUACUGUUUGCGAAGAAUAUUUCAUUCCGGCCGUCAAAAAAUUCUGUAAUAAUUUAAAAAUGAAAGAAGAUAUAGCCGGCGCUACCAUAAUGGCGGUAGCCAGUUCCAGCGCCGAAUUAUUCAUAAAUUGCGUGGGUACUUUUGUGACCGAAGGAGAUUUGGGGAUAGGUACCAUCGUCGGUUCAGCAGUAUUUAAUGUUUUAGCAGUACCCGCGUGCUGCGGUCUUUUCGCCAAUAUGGUUAUGGAAUUAGAAUGGUGGUCAGUGACUAGGGAUAGCAUUAUGUACGCCAUUUCCGUUAUAACUUUAAUUGUAGUUUUACAAGAUGGCAAAAUAUUACUUAUGGAAGCGGUUGUUUUAGUUUUAGUUUAUUCCCUGUAUAUAUUUUUGAUGUUUUUCAAUAGAAGUCUCAGUAAAAUAGCGCACAGAUGCGUGUCGAAAUUGAGGAGAAGGAAAUAUUAUGUCGAGGUUAUGGGAGAAACGCACCCAUUACUUUACCGUAAAAACGGCAAAUACCAAGGAAUCGAAGAGAUAUUGCAAGAAGAUAUCACUUUGGAAGAUUGCGAAAAAUUCGAUGAAUCGACGAAAAUAUGGAAAUGGCCCAAAGACGAAUCGCUCAAAGGACAAAUUUGGUGGACGCUCAUAUGGCCCAUAUCUUUUUUACUUCACGUCACAAUUCCAGAUUGUAGAAAAUACCAAAAACUUUACGUCAUCACUUUUAUUAUGUGUAUAUUUUGGAUUGGAAGUACUUCCUAUGUAGUAUCGUGGCUUAUUACAACUAUAGGAGAUACUUUGAAUAUCGCCGAUUCGGUGAUGGGGUUAACAUUUUUGGCGGCCGGAACCAGUGUACCUGAAGCCGUAUCAAGCGUUAUAGUCACUAAACAAGGUCACGCUACAAUGGGGAUCAGCAGUUCGAUAGGAUCGAAUACUUUCGAUAUUUUAUUAUGUCUCGGUAUACCUUGGUUGAUAAAAGCGGCGUUUUAUCCGAAAAUACCCGGGCAACAUUGGGUGGAAAUACAUUCCGAAGGCAUUAACAUAAGCGCUUGCGCCCUAUUAUCCACGUUAAUUAUAUUUUAUGUUAGUUUAACCGUCAAUAAAUUCAAGUUAGAUUGGAAAAUAGGAUUGACGUGUCUUGUUGUUUAUUUGUCGUUUCUUAUAUUGGCGUCACUAGUCGAACUAAAUGUAUUUUUUAUUGUUAAUUUACCCACGUGUGAUCAUUGAUAUUUUAUUUAUUAUUAUACCCAGUUAUUAAACGAUAUUAAUAUAAAAAAAAAUGAAUUUUCCUAAAUUUUAACAACAAUUUUCGAAUUUACCGCUACCAAAACGUUCGAUAUUGUAGAAGUGAAGGAAAUUCUUGAAAACGGGCUCUGUUGUCGACGCGCCGCGUUCCGGCGAUAGCAGAAAAGCGCGCACGAGUUUACCGCGCACUUCACAAAGAUGAUUUCGAUCGCAUCGAGAACCACGUGACUAGAAUUAUCCGGAAAUGGUCGGAAAUUUACGUGGGCAAAUGGAAAACGAUGAAACACUCGUCAUUUUAUACAGGAUGGAGCUUCGCCGCAUCUUAAUGUUUAUUUUGGAUAAUGGAUGAUUAUUUGAGUGAUCUCAAACUCUAUUAUUUUUUUUGUGGGGCCCUUCUCAAUUUUGAAACCUUUUUUGUAAUUUUUUUUUAAUAAAUUCGAUUUGACUUCACUUCA